AUGGUGAAGGCGCAGAAGUGGAUUUUGGCGAAGCACUUCUCCGGGGAGCCGAAGGAAGAUGACUUGAAGCUGGAGGAGGAGGAGCUGCCUGAGCUUAAAGAUGGCGAAAUUCUCGUGGAGGCGGUGUUCUGGAGUGUCGAUCCGUACAUGCGCCCUUACACCGCCCGAUUUCCUGUUGGGAUCACCAUGAUCGGCUCUCAGGUGGGCAAGAUCGUCGAGAGCAAGGCGAAAGACUUCCCAGAAGGCCGUUACAUUGUCGGGUAUUUCGGGUGGCGCACCCACACCGUCCACGACACCGCCAAGGAACCUCUUCCGGGCUUCCCUAAAGCCCACCUGCUGCCCGAUUUCAAGGAGCUUCCCUAUUCACUGGCGCUUGGUGUCCUGGGAAUGCCCGGCAACACCGCUUAUUUCGGGUUUCUCGAGAUCUGCGAGCCGAAGGAGGGAGAGACUGUGGUGGUGACGGGAGCGGCCGGAGCGGUUGGCUCCAUCGUGGGCCAGAUCGCCAAAAUCAAGGGCUGCCGCGUCAUCGGGUUCGCGGGGUCCGACGAGAAAGUGAAAUGGUUGACGGAGGAGCUGGGCUUUGACGCCGCCUACAACUACAAGACGAAGGACGUCAACGAGGCACUCAAGGAGGGGGCCCCGAAGGGGGUCGACUGCUACUUCGACAACGUGGGCGGAGACAUAAGUAGCACUGUUCUGAACCACAUGAAUACCAGGGGGCGCAUAUCCGUGUGCGGCAGCAUCUCCUCGUACAACGCCGAUCCAGCCAACUACCCGCGUGCGGCCAUUGUGCAGCCGUCCAUGGUGUUCAAGGAGCUGCGAAUGGAAGGGUUCAUUGUGCAUCGCUGGACCGACCGCUGGAUGGAAGGCAUCCACACCAACCUCAAAUGGAUCCGCGAGGGUAAGUUGAAAUACCGUGAAACGGUCACUGAGGGCUUCAAGAAUAUGCCGAAGGCCUUCAUGGGUAUGCUGAAAGGAGAAAACACCGGGAAAGCCAUUAUCAAGGCGUAG